AUAGGCAGGGGAUGCUGGCCACUCCAGACCGGCUCCCGGUAAGGGCAUGAAGAGCUGGUUUAGAGGAGGCAAGUGAGCAAGGCUGUUACAUCUCAUACAGGGUACCACAGGUGAGGUACUGCAGGAGAACAGAUGGCAGAGUGCACUGUAGCCCCAGUAGCAAUGGAGGACAGUGACCAUGAGGCUCACUCAUCAUCAGAUGACCAGGACUCCGCCCCGCCAUCCCCUGACCACACCAGGGACCACCACCAUGAGGCCGAACAGCACUCAAGCCAUUCCAAGGAUGACUCUGAAGACUCUGAGUUGGAGAACAUCAUGCAACAAGACCCCCACCACAAUGGGGGCCAUCCACAGCCCCACCCACCUCCACCCGGCUAUGAGCACAGCUUUGACCAUGAGCACCCCCACCCGGUGGACAGGGAGGCGGAGGGUGGCGACAGCCCCCCCAACACCCCCGGAACGCCCACCCCUGGGACCCCACCCUUUUUGCGCCCCCCCACGGCGGGUGGCAGGGCCCAGUCAGACAACCAGGGUGUAGGGAGGCUGCAGCUGGGUGGAGGUGGGAUGGUGGAUCACUAUGACAUGCAGUCUCCCCUCAGUCCCACCAGACCCAAGAGCCCCUGGGGCCGAUUUGACCCCUACGACUUUCCAGAGGACCAAGACAAGGAAUACGUGGGCUUUGCCACACUGCCAAACCAGGUGCACCGUAAGUCUGUCAAGAAGGGCUUUGACUUCACCCUGAUGGUAGCAGGGGAGUCUGGUCUGGGCAAGUCCACCCUGGUCAAUAGCCUCUUCCUCACAGACCUCUACAAGGACAGGAAGCUACUUAACGCUGAGGAGCGGAUCACUCAGACAGUGGAGAUCACAAAACACACAGUGGACAUUGAGGAGAAGGGUGUCAAGCUGAAGCUCACCAUCGUAGACACCCCUGGCUUUGGAGACGCUGUCAAUAACACUGAAUGCUGGAAGUCAGUGGCGGACUACAUCGACCAGCAGUUUGAGCAGUACUUCAGGGACGAGAGUGGACUGAACAGGAAGAACAUCCAGGAUAACAGAGUCCACUGCUGCCUCUACUUCAUCUCUCCCUUUGGACACGGUCUGAGGCCUCUGGAUGUGGAGUUUAUGAAGGCCCUUCAUGAGAAGGUCAACAUUGUGCCAAUCCUGGCCAAGGCAGACACACUCACACCCACCGAGGUCAAGAAAAAGAAAUUCAAGAUCCGAGAGGAGAUCCAGCAAUAUGGGAUUAAGAUCUACCAGUUUCCAGACUGUGACUCUGAUGAGGAUGAGGACUUCAAACAGCAGGAUCAGGAGCUCAAGGACAGUAUACCGUUUGCAGUGAUCGGCAGCAACACGGUGGUGGAGGCCAAAGGGAAGAGGGUCCGGGGUCGUCUCUACCCUUGGGGCAUCGUGGAAGUGGAGAACUCAGCGCACUGUGACUUUGUGAAGCUGAGGAACAUGUUAGUGAGGACACACAUGCAGGAUCUGAAGGAUGUGACACGGGAGACCCACUAUGAGAACUACAGGGCUCACUGCAUCCAGAGCAUGACCCGCAUGGUGGUGAAGGAACGCAACCGCAAUAAACUGACCAGGGAGAGCGGCACAGACUUCCCCAUCCCUGUAAUACCAAGUACCACAGACACAGAGACGCUGAUCCGAGAGAAAGACGAAGAGUUGCGGCGAAUGCAAGAGAUGCUCACAAAGAUCCAGGAACAGAUGCACACGCAGAAGGAAGCCUAUUAACCCAGGCUACUACUAGAACCCCCGUCCCUCUGUAAAUGCAGGCCCCCUCUUUCCACUACUAGGGUGGGCACCGCCUAGUACCACUCUAAUCUACUCCAGUCCACAAACAUUGUCUACUCCAGCUCAUCCAACCCCAACAGCCACCACUCCUCAUUUAGUCAAUAACCCUCACUAUCAGAGACUGAUCCAAGACCAGGCAUGAGGCAUUCACAGACAGGAGGUGGCAUGGAGAGAAGUAGCCUUCUCUUCCAACAACAUGAAAGUCCUGUGUCUCCACACCUGUUGUGGAAAACUCUUGACGGUAACAACUGGCACCCCUGUCGAGUGCCAUUGCUAGAGCACAACACCGGGCCGGACAGCACUGACCUAACCACCUGCUUGUCCUUACAGGGUUACGGCCGGGUCCUGCCUGCCCGCUUUCCACCCAUAGUUUACCUGUGGUCUUGUCAAGAUAACUUUUUGCCUUCCAGUUUGUCGCUAACACUUCAAUGUUCCUUGAUGUUUCUCCUUAGUGAACUUUAACCCUGACAUUGGUUAAGGGGUAGACUGUAGGGCAUGUGCUAUCCUGUCCCUCUGCUAGGUGUUUGAAAGUUUAUCUCGUAACAAGUUUAGAUGUGUGGUCUUAACCACCCUAGACAAGGUCUGUUGUGAAGGAGGUUGGCCUGCCCAAAUUCUUUUUUUUUUUUGCCAUGCACAAUUCUUCCCCAAUACCAUUUAUUUAAGGUCAAUACUGUAGAUGGGCAUACAGAUCAAAUGUAAUUAUUUCAUUUUUUUACUACAAUGUUACUACAUAUGUAAACAUUUUUGUUACAGGAUUGCAUCUAUCACUUAUAAUUGCUUUUAUUUGCAUUGCUACAAAGAAUAGCGAGAACUUCCUAAUUUUUUCACCAUUUUAAUUUUUUAUUUCAACAAAUGUUGCUGAAGUACUGUUGGGUGUUUUUUGACAAAUGUAUGUUAAUAGGGCUAAUUAAUUUCAUUCACGCUUCCAAUUCCAGCAUGCUCAACCCUGGGUUGUUCGUUCUUGUAUUUAACUGAAAAUAGAAGCCCACUACUUACAGUUCUGAUAUCUGUAAUGAUAGUUUGAACGUUUGCUGGAUUAUUGUUGACUUUACUCGUAGUAAAACGUUUUGCAGCGAAGAAACGUGUGUUCUUAGACCAAGAUUCAAUCCAAUCAUAGGCAUUGCGACUUUUAAAGGCAAUUUCAGAUUGAGUUGACAUAUGCAGCAUUUACGUGAUGGAAUCUCCGUGAACGCAGGGAACAUUGCCUUUUACAGUUUUUUCUGAUUGGUUAAGCACAUUUUUUGUAACUAUUGGCUAUUUUUGCAAAACUCUACACACAAAUAAGAAAACCUUUCACCCAAUUAUCAAAACAUUGUAGUUCUCUAGCAAAAGCGAUUAACUCUUCACACCUUCUUAAAAAUUGUGUUUUCGUAUCAAACAGUAAACACAAGCCAUCGUCUACUAAGCACACAAUGUGCCAACUACACACUGAUGGUAUGAAUACAAAACACAUCUGGCUUUUGCUUUCUCUGUGUACAGAUGUCAAUUUGAGGUCAUACUUUUGUCAUAGUGUCAUGUAAACAUAAAAGGAUCCAAACUUCAA